AUGCCGAGAUUCAAAGACAGUCGAACAUGGGCAGACUUCGUUCUGUUUCGCAAGUCAAUACGUGACUUAAUGCCUGUACUUACGACAUCACUGAACUCUUCCCUUGGGCCAGCCGUGUGUCGUGUCUGCCUAUGUGGAGAAACCUCCAUUCCGUACCUCGGAAAUUCGCCUGGAGAACCGCUUAUUUCUCCAUGUCAUUGCAAAGGUACGAUGGGACUGUAUCACCGUAGCUGUCUGGAACAUUGGUUGUCCACAUCACGCACAUAUUGCUGCGAGAUAUGCAAGUUCCGAUACGAAAUUGGAAGGCGCAAACCAGGACUCUUGUCAUAUCUUCGUACGCACUGGUUUAUUGAUCAUGAGCAUCCCCACAGUAUCGGAGGAGACUGCGCCUGUCUUAUUAUUCUAGCACCGCUCACACUUGGCGGGUCCGUGUUGUGUCUGCGAAAUAUUUCGGAGAAACUUCGUUAUGUCGAUGAAAAUGGGGACUAUGAGAAGGCUCAUGAAAUUCUUGCCCUUGGGUUGAUGGCCUUAUUUCUCAUAAUCGUUCUUGGUUUUUGGUUUGUAUUUACAACACUCUUUUACCUGAACGACUUCCGUAUGUGGCAAAGGAAGAAUGUGAUUCUAUAUGUGAUCGACCAGUUGGAAAGGGAGGACGAAACUUAUAGUCGCAGUCACAAUCAUUUAAGCGAGUCUCUACGUCCAUUAUUGUUGAAGAAGAAACUCAAGAACUUCUUCUGUUGUGGCCUGGGAAGUGCUUCGAGAGACCACACUGCGAUCCCACUUGAAGAUGGUGUUCUUGGCGUAAACCCUCAACUGGUGGCAACGGGAGAAGGUUCCGCUAACCACGCUAACCACGCCGAAGAGACUCGAACACCUCGUCCUCCUCUCGUAUCGCCCAUUUCGUGUGCUUCCGAUGCCCAGUAUAUCAACCAAAAUAUUAACUUAUCUACUUCAAUUCUCGUUAGCUCACCUGUUCUACCUUUCAACGAAGAGAGCUCGAUGUCAUCAUCACAAGCGCCAGCGCUUUCUACAUUCCGACCGCAUUACACUGUUGCCAGCGCUCAAAUACUUGCUUCUACUCCUCUUGGUAAUUCACCAUUGUCGAAGGUUGAGCUUUUAAGCAGCGGAAAAGCUGGGAGCUCAGAUUCCGACGAAUUUUUGAAACUCUGUGCUAGAAAUGCUGAAGGUCUUCACCCUAACGAAUCACCAGUGAACGAGCCAGUCAGCACCUCUGGAACCAGUCCUCGAGUAGAAACGCCACUGUGA